AUGUCUCUCCAAGGAAAAGUCGCACUCGUCACCGGCGGCGCCAAGAACCUGGGCGCCGAAAUCGCGCGACAGCUGGCCGGGCAGGGCGCCAGCCUGGCGCUGCACUACAACUCGGCCAAGUCCAAGACGGACGCCGACGCGCUGGGCCAGGAGUUUGCGUCCAAGUACCCGAAGAUCAAGGUCAAGUUCUACCAGGGCGACCUGACGACCGAGGCGGCGGUGGAGAAGCUGUUCCAGUCGGCCAAGGGGGACUUUGGCCAGAUUGACAUUGUGGUCAACACGGUGGGCAAGGUGCUGAAGAAGCCGAUUGCGGAGAUUACCGAGGCGGAAUACGAUUCCAUGUUUGCCAUCAACUCCAAGGCUGCCUUUUUCAUCCUCAAGGCGGGCAGCAAGUACGUGGCCGACGGCGGCAAGAUCAUCACCAUUGUCACGGCGCUGCUGGCGGCCUUUACGGGCUUCUACACGUCGUACGCCGGGUCCAAGGCGCCCGUCGAGCACUUUACGCGGGGCGUGGCCAAGGAGCUGCAGUCGCGCCUGGUGAGCGUCAAUGCCAUUGCGCCCGGUCCGAUGGAUACACCCUUCUUCUACCCGCAAGAGUCGGCCGAAGCCGUGGCCUUUCACAAGAGCCAGGGCCUGGGUGGCCGACUGACCGAGGUCAAGGACAUUGCGCCGCUGGUGCGCUUCCUCGUCACCGAGGGCGGCUGGAUCACGGGCCAGACGCUGUUUGCCAACGGUGGCUACACGACCCGAUAG